AUGGACGAGACGGCAGCGAAGCUCCUCUCGGGGUUCCAGUCCGUGGAGGCGGUCGUCGACCGGCUCCUCAACGCCCGGGACCGCGCUGUCGAGCUCGACCGGCAGCGGCAGGGCAUCCGCGAAGCCCUACACGUCCUGCGCAAGGGCGGCGACCCGCCGCGGAAGCUCUCCCUCGAGAGUAGGGUCUGGGUGUUCCGCAACGGCCCCGUGCCCGUCCAGCUGUCGCGCGCAGACGCCGUGAAUGAGCUCGAAACGAACAUGCGCCGCAUCGAGGACCAAAUCAAGGCCGCGAGGGAGGAGCAGAAGCGCCACAUGCAGGCCCUCGAGGAGAAGGGCGAGCUCGCGAGCAAGAUCGGCGGCGCGAGCGCGAGCGCGCUGCUGUCGCUGCGGGACCCCGGCGGGACCGGCGCUGCGGACCUCCUGGGCAGCGCAUCGCGCGGGCCGCGCCACAGCGCUGGGCGGCUCGUGCCGGACGCGGAUGAGCACGCCGGCCCGGAGCCGGACUUCUCGAAGAUCGACGCAAGCAACCUGAAGCUCGACGAGGUCGAUUGA